UUCCGUCAUUUCAUUGGUCCGGGGGCUUCCUGCUUCUUCGUCCGGGUUCAGGUUCCCUAAACAGGUGAAACUAACAACAUUAUGAGUCGAUAUCUGGAUCAGAUAUAGGCAGAAUUUCACUCCUCCAAACAACAUUUCAGCUUCUCUAACGUUUCGCCCUGUUCGCCGUGCGGGAUUACCGAAAAACUACCGGUUGUCAACUGCUGAGGAUUAGUUUCGCCCGAAGCUGAACGGAAAAAAAAACUAUGAUGGCGUCGAGCUACAACGCUAAGGAAGAGGACGGACACCCUUCGGGAUCUUCCACUCACGGCGGACCGGGGGCUGCGAAAAAUAAAAAGCCGGACAACACAGCGUUCAAACAGCAGAGACUCCCAGCCUGGCAGCCUAUCCUGACUGCGGGCACCGUGCUGCCCGCUUUCUUCGUUAUCGGACUCAUCUUCAUCCCUAUCGGGAUCGGCCUAUAUGUGACUUCAAACAACAUAAAGGAGAAGGAGAUUGAUUACACUGGUGUGGAGCCCGACAGUCCGUGUUACGAAUGCGCCGCAAACUUCUCCUGGAACAUCACAACACCGUGCGUCUGCACCGUGAACUUCACACUGGAGCAGCCGUUCGAGAGCAAUGUCUACAUGUACUACGGCCUAUCCAACUUCUACCAGAACCACAGGCGUUAUGUGAAGUCCAGAGACGACAGCCAACUAAAUGGUGAUCAAAAGUCUCUAAUGAACCCCAGCAAGGAAUGUGAUCCAUAUCGUACAAGCUCGACUAAAGAACCCAUAGCGCCAUGUGGAGCCAUAGCAAACAGCCUUUUUAAUGACACCCUGGAGCUGUUUUACGUUGAUGCCAACGGCACCACACGUGCAGUUUCUCUGGUGAAGAAGGGCAUCGCAUGGUGGACGGAUAAGAACGUGAAGUUCAGGAAUCCUGGAAAUGAAAAAGAAAACCUUACAGAACGUUUCAAAGGCACAGCUAAGCCAGUGAACUGGAGGAAGCCGGUGUACGAGCUGGACCCAUCAGACCCUGAAAAUAAUGGCUUCAUCAACGAAGACUUCAUCGUGUGGAUGCGCACGGCCGCUCUGCCCACCUUUAGGAAGCUCUAUCGCAUCAUCCACAAGAAGCCAGACACAAGUUUGACUUUACCCAGCGGCAGAUACACCUUGAAAAUCACUUACAACUACCCCGUGCGCAGCUUUGACGGCCGGAAGCGGAUGAUCCUGAGCACCAUUUCCUGGAUGGGAGGGAAGAACCCCUUCCUGGGCAUCGCCUACAUGACCGUGGGCUCCAUCUGCUUCUUCCUGGGUGUCGUCCUGCUCGUCAUCCACCAUAAAUACGACACCCGCAGCAACAGCGCAGAUAUUCCCAACUAAAAAGCUCCCGUGUCGGGUCUUUAUGCCUCCGCAUGCGCUGAUGGCCCCCCGAGGGUCUGUUCUGGACUGCUUAGCUCUUUUAGUUCGGAUACACUGUGAAAGUCUGUGGGCGUGUUUGCACAAGGGCAGGCAUGUCUGAAAUGUCACAUCUUAGCUCCGUUUACCUGUUCAUCACCUGUGUGUGUUUUUGCGUACAUAGCUCCAAGCUGGUCGUUUUCUGUUAUUUAUCUCUGCUUUAAAGGUUCCCAUUUUAUUUUGAGAUCUCUUUGCCAAUAGCUCAUUUGAAGGAUGUUUGUAAUCUUUAAAGUGUUUGCUUAUAUUCUACAUUGAAACUAGUCCUGCUGAUGAAUGUAAAAUUUUACUGCUGGUUUUCAAGAUAAUCUUUAUAACAGGAUGGAAUUUUGUUGCCUGUGCGCUGUAAAUGAUGGUACAUAUUGAAACCUAACAAAGUAUUUAAUCUUUGGAGAACAAGCAGCAUAUUCCUGAUAUAUAAUCACCAAUCAAAUUGAUCUAGAUACAGUUACGCUAAGCCGAUGUUCUUUAAUUGCGAAAUGCUUCCUGAGGCUGGACCAUCGCAAUUAACCAAUAUAUCCAGUAUUCCCAAUUUCAAGAAUGUUGGACCGUGUUUUUGGCUAAUUACAACACACUUUCUAUAUUUUUUUUAAAUUUAGUUUGGCCCGAGUGUUAAAUUGUUAAAGUCUUUAAUGUUGACCAAAUGAUAUGCACUUUACAAGUGUCACAUUUGUUAACUCAUCCCUUGUUUGAUUAGAGUUUCUGUUACCAUGUUGUUUUAGAUCUGUUGAUAAAAGAAAAUUGUUAUUUAAAUUUGAAACUUCCUGGGUUUUAUAAGGUUUGUAGGGUCCAAAUAAAAAAAAAACUAUCAAUAA